ACGAAUCCCUUUCAAGCCCUCCAAAAGGGCAAAAAGGGCCAUGCAUGCCUGAGAACGCAGAGGUUACUUCUCUUGCUCCGUGGGUAUUUCUGGAAACAAAUGUAAGAGAGAGAGAGAGAGAGAGAGAGAGAGAGAGAGAGUUGCAGCCAUGGAAGCCAAGAGACUUCACAGCAGCAAAGAGAAAAAGAUCAAAAGAAGAGAGGUAUUGGGAAAGAAGAAGGCUAUUGAUGAAGCUAUAAAAGCCGCAUCUUCUGUAAAGGACCAUUUAGCUUCUUUUCUGCCCUUCCGCCACUACGAUAGGAAUGGCUUGUCAGUAUACUUGGAGUCUGGUUCUGGAGAUCAUCUAUCUUCACCCAUGAAGCAAUACAUUCAAAACCUUCUUAAGGUUAACAUGGAGGGGCCAUAUGGAUCAGAAUGGCGGACAGAAGAGAAGGUAAAGAGGAGGGAAAUGGUUGCUCCAGAAGCACGUUAUAUCUUUGUCCGAGAAGCUCCAAAAACAAGUGUUGAUGACAUGUCCUCAACGAUGGAGGGGAUUGCAACUUGUACUAAUUGGGUGGGUGAUGGGAACCCUGUCGUCGGUUUUGUACAAUACCGUUUUAUUGUAGAGGAAGAUAUACCUGUUGUGUAUGUAUAUGAGCUCCAGCUGGAGCAUUGUGUUCAAAGGAAGGGAUUAGGGAAAUUUCUAAUGCAACUGAUUGAGCUUAUUGCUCGCAAGAACCGCAUGGGUGCUGUGAUGUUGACUGUCCAAAAAGCGAAUUUAUCAGCCAUGAAUUUCUACACAAGCAAGUUAAGAUACAUGAUCUCUUCCACUUCACCAUCAAGAGUCGAGCCAUUGAUAGGAGUUGAGAAAAGCUAUGAGAUUCUUUGCAAAGCAUUUGAUGAAGAGGCCAAAGCCAAAUUGGAGGAGAACAAUUACAUUGGUGAUGGUUGAAUGUCUGGUCGAUCGCUGCUUUGGAGGCGCUAUGAAGCUUCUCGAGGUUCUCUCAUUAGUCACUUGAUUUCACGACGCGCACUACUUGAAAAGAACUACAAGAGGCUUUAAAAAUGAUCGAACUAUGACAAAUGAUUUCUGCGGAAGUAUCCAGUGCCAAAAUUUCUCCAUACAUGUGGCACAUGUUUGCCAGAUCCGGACUGUUCAUCAAUUGUGCCAUACAAAUCGCAUGAUCCUAGCCAAUGCUUGGAGGAUUUUUGCCUGUUGAAUGUUGAUUUUCCUAACUGCCCAAAUAAUGAUUCUUCAAUUUUCUCCUAAUCAAUGGCUAGGUUCACCUGAUCUUUGUGAUUUUUGGGGUAUGCCCCACCCAUUAUUGCACCCAAUGGAUGAAAAGGUCCAUCAAUACACAUUUACCACAUGAAUGGAUAGUGAAUGCUUGAUAACAAACUAAGAUGAUAUUGACAGUACUGGGGCUCUUCCUUGAGAAAAUUUCAAUGGUUUUGAUUGGUUUGGAUUUGUUAUUCUUUGUGAUUCCAGCUAGGGUUUUUUGUUUGUUCAAGGCUAUAGCUCUGUAAUACGAUAGAAAGAAGUUAUGUAUUCUUGCUGAAUGUCUUUAAUCCGUAGUAUAUGAGUAUUGAUCGUUGCUUACA